AUGUAUAGGUACGACGAGGACAUCCAUGACCGAGUCUGGUGGCCGUUCAUUAAAGAAAAUACGACGUCUAUUAGCACAGACCUUCCCGUGGCUACAACUAACUCCUACGAUGUGCCUCAACUCGUAGCAAAAACCGCUAUGACCCCUGCAGACCCUACUGAGCCUCUGAACAUACGUUGGACUCUCGGCGAAAUCACUGCGCAGUCAUAUGUAUACAUGCAUUUCGCUGAAAUACAGAAUCUUGAAGCUAACGAGAUUAGAGAGUUCAACAUUAAUUUCAAUGGCUUACCUUGGUUCCCCUUCUUUAGACCAUCAAAACUUGGCCUAACAACUGUAUUUAGUCCAACAGCUCUGAGUUCUCCUGAUGGGACAUUCAGUUUCACUUUCACUAUGACCGGUAAUUCAACUCUUCCUCCUCUUAUCAACGGCCUCGAGAUUUAUAAAGUCUUAAACAUUAAUUAA